CGCUCAGUCAGCGCUCACGGGAGUCAGCACUCACAGGAGGCAGCGCUCAGUCAGCGCUCACGGGAGUCAGCACUCACAGGAGUCAGCGCUCAGUCAGCGCUCACGGGAGUCAGCACUCACAGGAGUCAGCGCUCAGUCAGCGCUCACGGGAGUCAGCACUCACAGGAGGCAGCGCUCAGUCAGCGCUCACGGGAGUCAGCACUCACAGGAGGCAGCGCUCAGUCAGCGCUCACGGGAGUCAGCACUCACAGGAGGCAGCGCUCAGUCAGCGCUCACGGGAGUCAGCACUCACAGGAGGCAGCGCUCAGUCAGCGCUCACGGGAGUCAGCACUCACAGGAGUCAGCGCUCAGUCAGCGCUCACGGGAGUCAGCACUCACAGGAGGCAGCGCUCAGUCAGCGCUCACGGGAGUCAGCACUCACAGGAGGCAGCGCUCAGUCAGCGCUCACGGGAGUCAGCACUCACAGGAGGCAGCGCUCAGUCAGCGCUCACGGGAGUCAGCACUCACAGGAGGCAGCGCUCAGUCAGCGCUCACGGGAGCAGGGACACCAGGUUCCAAUUCCUCCGGUUGUCGACGGUCCUAAAGGAGCAGCAUGUCUAAGGAACAAGAGAAAGGAGACCUGGGACACGACAGAGACUUGCAACCAGCUGCCUAUGAUGGGAAUGCCGUGAGCGGACAGCAGGGGCAGGGAAACAGCGACCCCGUGCGGCUAGCGAACACCGCCCUGAGCUACAUCACCCACACGCUGGUGGCUGGACUGACAGCUUACCUGCUGUACGUGAGCUUCAGGACGUACCAGCUGUUCUCGUGGCACCCGGCCUGCGUCACCAUAGGGUCCCUGACGCUGAUGGCGGAGGCCAUCAUGGCCAUGUCGCGCGGCAACGUGUUGACGGCGGGGCUGCGACGGCCGACCCGGGUGCGCGCGCACUGGGUCCUCCAGCUGCUGGCGGCGGGCUUCGUCCUCUGCGGCUUCGUCGUCGAGGUGGUGGUCAAGCGGACGAGCGACCGGCCGCACUUCGCGUCGCCGCACUCGGUCCUGGGGCUGGUCUACGUGGUGCUGGUGGUCGCCUCCAACUGCGGCGGACUGGCCGCCAACUACUCGGCGAGGCUGAGGGACCACGUGCGGCUCGCGGCGGUGAAGCUGGCCCACUUCCUGCUGGGGGCCGCGACCUUCGCCCUGGGGGUGUGCGCCCUCGUCACGGGGCUGUACACCAGGUUCUUCAGCGUGUCCGCGGGCAGGGAGGCGCAGCUGGCCUGCACCGUGCUGCUGGUGGUGGUCGCGCUCCUGGUGCUGCAGAGCGCCGCCAGGUCCGUCUACUCGCUCUGCAGGUCGCUCCUCAGGGUGUGACGAGCCACAGAGGGGUGCUGCUGGUGCUGGUCGCGCUCCUGGUGCUGCAGAGCGCCGCCAGGUCCGUCUACUCGCUCUGCAGGUCGCUCCUCAGGGUGUGACGAGCCACAGAGGGGUGCUGCUGGUGCUGGUCGCGCUCCUGGUGCUGCAGAGCGCCGCCAGGUCCGGCUACUCGCUCUGCAGGUCGCUCCUCAGGGUGUGACGAGCCACAGAGGGGUGCUGCUGGUGCUGGUCGCGCUCCUGGUGCUGCAGAGCGCCGCCAGGUCCGUCUACUCGCUCUGCAGGUCGCUCCUCAGGGUGUGACGAGCCACAGAGGGGUGCUGCUGGUGCUGGUCGCCCUCCUGGUGCUGCAGAGCGCAGCCAGGUCCGUCUACUCGCUCUGCAGGUCGCUCCUCCGCACCUAGGACUCACUCACUUCCCCGACGAAGAUAAUUCCGGUGGAAAAAGUCUCGCUGGCUCGACAGCUACGAGGAGAAACAUUCGUGUGGGCCAUUGAUUUUUUUUUUUUUCACCAUGAGCCAACAAGAAAUUUGUCAUUAUAGACAUAACUAAUAAUUUCUUCAUUGUUUAGAAUAAUCUAUUUCCAUAGCAUAAUCAAAAACUCUUUCUCUGAAUAAAAUGUUUUAUUUUUAAUCACUCGUAAAUAGAUAUUAUGCAGUCAAACAUUAAUAAAUUAGUGGCCACGUCAAGAUAAUGUCCUGAGGCCUUAAUUGAAAUAAAUGUGUGUUCCCUCUUGUGAUGAAAAGUGUUCGAAGGCCACUGAAAUUGUGAGAAAAACAUUUUGUGUGUGAUUAAGUUCAGUUUUGUUUGAGCCUUGUUUAAUGACUCGCUUCUUAAGUGUUAAGACACCUCCAGGGUCUCAAUAAAAUAAGUUUGUAAAUGAAGAUUAUGUAAACGCAUAGGUGUGUUGAAAAUUCAUCUUUCAUUUCAUCACUUCUCGUAUUUAUUUUCGGUCUCACCGACGGAAAUUAUUUCACAGGACGUCAAUUCAGACGUCCGAAUAACUGAUACUCAGGCAGGUAAACGCUCACCAAAAUAGAGAAUGUUUUGUUAAAAUAUUAAACUUUGGUGAUCCUAGAAAACUAUAGGCAAAAUUAUCGUUCCAAAUUUUUAAAAAUAAUUUUUAAUUAGCAAGAUAUUUUUUAUGAUUUUUCGUCAGGAGCUGUGAGAUUUUGGAGCAAGCUUUUCUUCCCGACUUUAAAACACGCAUGUACGGCAGCGAGCUCCUAAGCAGCGCGGACAAACUGCACUUGUGAAAUGUUAAAAAAAAAAAAGUUAUAAAAAGCCACGACAUUUCAACCCUCGUAAAAGAGAACACGUAGAGCCCACGCGAUGCCAUUAAAAAUGAAAGACCCAUUACUGUUUUAGAAAAUAAUUUCCAAGGUAGAAACUUUAGAAGAAAUUACGUUACUACGGUAAAGGAACACAAAAUUAAAGCAUACAAUUUUUAUUGAAUUUGCAGUGAAGGGACACUAAAAGCAAACACAAAGAAUUUCUCAAGUGCUACUUUUUAGAAACUUUAUAAGUUAUUUUACUGAGAAUUUGUUCAUCCAAAGAAUUUCACUCAAAAAUAUGAUUAUUCAAAAUGUUUUAGAAAAUUACAAAUUCAUAAAAAAUGUUCUGCUGCAGAAAUAAAUGGUCUGCCUUAACGGAACAUAAGAUACAUAUAAUAUUAAAAGUAAUUUCAUCAAAAAUAUUUUUACAUUUGUUUAAACACAAAAAUAUUUAAAACUUUCUUUUGUAGAGUAUCUUAUUGCUGCAAAUUAUUUUAAGCCUACUGCAGGUAAAUAUAGAUACUGUGUCAACGUCAUAUAAAUUAUGUAAUCUAGUAAAAAUGCAUCGUUAAAACCUUUAUGGGGAAAAAAUUUCACGUUACUCUCCGAAUUUUUUUUUCUAUUGCAGAUCUGUUUGUUCCAUCGAGUGCGGACGAUCGAGUUUUUUUUGUACGUUCAUUAACUUACUGCAAUAUGAUUAAAGAAAGCAAAUAUAAGUUACUCCAUAUUAAACGUGAACCUGAGACGUCAACUGUAUAUCAAAGAAGACGACGGAUCGGCAGAAAGGUUUAGGCUCGUUGUCAUUAAAAGAAUGAUGCUAUUGGUUCAAGUCAAAGUUACAAGUAGUUUUGUUGUGAAUGCGAGUUCGUAUCUGUCCAGAGAUCGAGUGAAUAAGGCCUUAAUCAUGAAAUAAUGGUGGUGUUUUGACUUCCUGGCUCUUCCGGACUUAUUAUAUCAAGUUUUCUAAGAGCUAAAUUAGUUUAGGUGAAUAUGCUUAGGCAGCCAUAAUUGAAAACAUUUACGUGGUUGAGAAAAAAGUGAUUUUUUGCAGCUUGAAUCAAUCGUAAUUUUUAUGUUUAUUUUAAGAUUUGAUAAGGUGUGACUGAAAGUGUUAAGUAAUUAUGUUAUGUUAGGCAGCCGUAUUUCCAAACAUUUUCUUGAUUGAGAAGAAAGAGCUUGUGAAGUUACACGGGAGUCGAUAACUUGAAUCGAUCGCAAAGUUUAUGGUUAUGCCUCGGUGUUAAAUAUUGAUCGCAUUACUAGAGCUAUCAAACCACAUAAUUAUCUGUAUCGCCAUCUACUAACAUGAAACAAAUCAGAUCAUUUACUAUUUUAUAAACCUGGUGAUUGUUCUGUUGCUGCACGACCUGCGUUCGGCACAUAUUUUCGACUAUUGCUUAGUUGAUUAAGGAGCCAAUCACAUGAAAGCAUCAAAUAUAAGUAAUGCUAAAAUUUUUGCAAGAUCUGUUUGAUUUGAACGAGAAAUAACCCCUAUAUGAACAUGUACAGAAUGCAUAUAA